AGGAUAUACAGCUGUCGGAUUAAAUGAAAAGGUGAUACAUUAAAAAAGACACGAUAGUAUUAAAAUUUAUUGCCAUCCUACCCUGUUUUUUUGAUAAUUUUUGUGACCAAUUGAUCAUUGUUUUUUGAGUCAAACGUAUUGAGAAGUACUGUAAAUUAAACCUGAGUCAUCCCCAAAAAACGAUGGAUCUAGUUGAAUUGGAUUACUUUAAUGCUUUAAAUGACCUCACAUUUAACAGCAAGCCAAUUAUCCAUACGCUGACAGCAAUCGCACAAGAAAACCGUCCUUAUGCGGUCAGCGUUGUUAAUGCUCUUCAACAUCAUUUACAAAAGUGUCCUCCUGCACAAAAAUUACCAGCUCUAUACUUGCUAGACUCUAUAUCAAAAAACUUGGCCGAGCCAUAUACCAGUAUUGUGGCUCCUCGGUUAUACACUAUGUUCAUGGACGCUUACACUGUCGUAGACAGCGCUUUACGGCCCAAAUUCGAUCAAUUGUUUGAGACCUGGAAACGACAAUCACCAAACGCGAGUAUCCAAGGCCCCGUAUACCCAGAAUCAGUGACGAAACGGAUUGAACUAGCACUGACAAAAUAUAAAGAGACUGUCUAUAAACUCGAGGCCAACCGGUUAUCGAGUCCAUUUACGUCAAACGCUCGCCUAUACAACAAAUACGGUUCUGUGCCGCUUCCUGUGGCCUCUACCAGCCGGAUUUCUCCCCCGCCUAGUAGCGUUUCGGUCGAGUCAUUACUCGAGGAAAUUAAAAACUUGAGUCUCAUAGAACAGAGUCGCUGUGUGAGUAAUCCCAUGGACGGGAAUGCGCGUACGCGUCUUGUAGUGUUGAACAAACUGCAUGAGGUCCUGUCAGUAUCACGACUUACCGAGUCUCAGCUCGCUGCCAUCAAGAGUCAACUUGUUCAACUUCGCACACCAAAUCAUCAUCCUUCCGCCCCGGCGCCUAUGGCCCAGCAAGCUGCGUAUGCUGGCCAUCCCGCUGGCGUAUACAACCCUCCCAAGGCACCCAAAGCUAUGACUUCGCUGAAAGGAUCCUCUCCGUCCCCGUAUGCUAUGGGUCCGGCAGCGUUAAUGAACCAGCAACCCGGGUAUCCCAUGCACAAUGCCUAUCGACAACCUGCGGCGCCUGCUGCCAACAACAUCCCUACCGAAAAUGUAAACGCCUUUUUUGCCUCCCUUCAAGCUGCAGGUAUUGUGCCAAAUUCAGCCUCGGGUUCUCCUGCCUUGUACGGCACGUCCGUACCCUUUACCGUGGAAUUAACGAAAGAGUCACUCUCGAAGCCGCGGCCGGAGCUGGUUACGCAGUUGUACGAUCUGUAUCCAAACCAUUGUGCAAACUGUGGUCGGCGGUACGCCGACGAUGCCAAAGGCCGUGAGCUGCGGGAUGCUCACUACGACUGGCAUUUUCGUAUCAACAAGCGAAUCCGCGAAAGCAAUGUCCACAGCAUUAGUCGUUGCUGGUUCUUGAAAGAGGAGAACUGGGUGAGCAUAAACGACAACGAGGACGCCAUUCCGGAAACGGAAGAGGAUCGUCAAGAAAAGGAAAAGAAGGCACACGAGUCUGUCGUCUCACAGUACGUGCUUACACCUUCCGAUCCCACACAAGCGUCGCAGCCAUGUUCCAUUUGCCAAGAAAAGUUCCAGAGCAUUUGGCACGAGGAUGCCGAAGUCUGGGUCUUUAUGAAUGCCGUAGAACGCGACGGGCGCAUUUACCAUGCGACCUGUCUUCACGAAUACGAGAAGACUGCCUCGAAAGACUCCGCAAAGACAUCGGCUGCCGCAGGAUCCACUGCUAAUGCACCUGUCGUAAAGUCUACUACCGACGAAGAAGCUGUGUCCAAGCAGGAAUCAAACGAGAACAAACCAUCUGAUGCCAACGUGUCUAAUCUACUACAAGGCAUUGAUGUUGCUGGCAUUUUGAGUGCCAUUGGCAAACGAAAAGAACGUGAAUCCGACGUGGACAUGGUACCCAACAAAUUCGUGAAACAGGAGAAUGAUUAAUUAUUAAUUGACUAAUGUUACGAAAAUGAAUGAAGGAGAAAACGUAAUUAACGGGAGAAGAUCAUGAGAGAAGCAGAA